AGAGGGAGUGAGACCCGGAUGCUGAUGCGAGUGAGGCGAAGGAAGGAAGAGGGGAGAGAAAAUAUCGAUUUACGGCAAGAAAACCGAAGGGAGUGUAAUAGAAGGGGCCUUUACCCUGCGUGAACUGUCAUCAGGAGCGAGGAGGGGGAUACGGCAGCUGGUUAUAGCGCGCCCAUAUCCGCGGAUAUCAGUGUGCGUGUGUGUGUGUGUGUGUUUUGCACCUGUGUACCCGGCGGUGAGGGGAGGAGGACACGCCAAAGGAGAGAAGAGAAGAUGCUGUGAUCCGCUACUUGCAGGGAUGUAGAGAGGGAGAGACGGGAGAGUCAGGGAGGGGGAGGACGGCGCUACGUUAAAAAAAAGAUGCUUGUUUUGCGGGGAAUGCGCGUUUCACCUCGAAGUAUUGUGAGAAUGCGGCGGCCGUGUAAUAAAUCGUACCGUUUGGCAAAGCCCAGAAACUUCAGGCGGUGUCGGUUUUUUUGACAGGCGGCGCGAGCGAGACGGCCGUUCGUCAAGGCGUUGAAGCUAAAGCUAGCCUCGCUGCUGUGUGGGAGAGCGGCGGCGAGGCUAAAAUAGCAUGUUGUUGGACCUGUGAAACAGGCCUGGCAGUGAGGGGAAAACAGUGAUUUCAUUUUCAGUGCAAGCAUACACUUGACGUAUUGGACGUUUUGUCCGUUUACUUAACUAAAAAUAAUAUUAAGCGUAGGAAAAAUACAUGAAUAUUUUAAGGCAGACGUGAAAACCUGCUCGUUUCAAGGCUAUAUAAGGGUAACGUUUUCUCAUUAACAGGCAUAUAUCGUUAACGUCAUACGUAUAACAAGGUGCGAGUUAUAGAAAUAAGCUAAUGUACAUAAAUAAGACUCGUUAGUUUGCCUACUUUAGAGUAGUGGUUGAUAUUUAACGCAGAAAACACCCUAGAAACUUAUUGCCAUGUCAGUUCCCCCUGCUUUAUUCUACAUAUAGCAAGAUGUUUUGUAAAAAAAAAAAAAAUAAUUAAAAAAAAAUAAACAUCAUGUUUACCGUGCAGUCUCGGUUUAGAUGAAAAACGUCCACCCAGGUGUUGUAAAUCAGCAGCAGUUUUCACUUCUAUGGUUUUUUGUUUUUUUCACGUUCAUGAAGUGACUUCAAAGAAAGUCCGUGUUACCGCUGACAUAAAAAGACAGUCGUUCUAAUUUGAGCAUCGUCUUGUGUCCCACAGUAACUUCUGUGUAAGCUGUACAAUAUCACAGUAAUUGCAAUAACUACAGUGCAGUAAGUAGUAAUAAUUGUGUGUUAGCCUCCAGUUAAGAGCAGUAUGAGUAAGGAACUGUCUCUAAGUCAGUCAGCUCAAUAUGUUGGGCCCUAUCGACUGGAAAAGACUCUGGGGAAGGGACAGACAGGACUUGUCAAACUGGGGGUCCACUGUAUUACGGGUCAGAAGGUAGCCAUCAAAAUAGUCAACAGAGAGAAGCUGUCUGAGUCAGUCCUGAUGAAGGUUGAAAGGGAGAUUGCCAUUCUGAAACUGAUUGAGCAUCCGCAUGUAUUGAAGCUGCAUGAUGUUUACGAGAAUAACAAAUAUCUGUACCUGGUGUUAGAGCAUGUGUCAGGAGGAGAGCUUUUUGACUACCUGGUGAAGAAGGGCCGGCUAACUCCGAAAGAGGCCAGGAAGUUCUUCAGGCAGAUCAUCUCUGCUUUGGAUUUCUGCCACAGUCAUUCCAUCUGUCACAGAGACCUGAAGCCUGAGAACUUGCUCCUGGAUGAAAAGAACAACAUUCGUAUCGCUGACUUUGGCAUGGCCUCCCUACAGGUGGGAGACAGUCUGUUAGAAACCAGCUGUGGAUCACCACAUUAUGCUUGCCCUGAGGUUAUACGGGGGGAGAAGUAUGAUGGGCGGAGAGCAGAUGUGUGGAGCUGUGGGGUCAUCCUGUUUGCCCUACUGGUGGGGGCCCUUCCUUUUGACCACGACAAUUUACGCCAGCUCCUGGAAAAGGUAAAGAGCGGGGUGUUCCACAUGCCUCACUUCAUCCCCCCGGACUGUCAGUCCCUGCUGAAGGGAAUGAUUGAGGUCAACCCUGAAAAGAGGCUCACGCUAGAGACCAUCCAGAAACAUUCCUGGUAUCUGGGUGGUCGUAACGAGCCGUGUCCUGAGCAGCCUCCUCCAAGGCGAGUUUGUGUGAGGCGAAUCUUGUCCCUGACUGAGCUGGACCCAGAUGUGCUGGACAGCAUGCACUCGCUCGGUUGUUUCCGAGACAGAGUCAAGCUCACACGUGACUUGCAGUGUGAGGAAGAAAACCAGGAGAAAAUGAUCUAUUACCUUCUGCUAGACAGGAAAGAGCGGUACCCCAGCUAUGAGGAUGAGGACUUACCUCCGCGCAAUGAUGUAGACCCUCCUCGAAAGCGCGUCGACUCCCCUAUGCUGACGCGCCACGGCCGUUGCCGUCCCGAAAGGAAGAGCCUGGAGGUCCUGAGUGUCACCGAACAAGGGUCUCCUACACCACCUCGCAGGGCCCUGGACACAGCUGCACACAGCCAGAGGUCUCGCUCAGUCAGUGGAGCGUCAACUGGUCUCUCCUCCAGCCCUCUCAGUAGUCCCAGGUCCUAUCAGAGCCCCGUCUUCACUUUCAGCCAAUCAGAUGUCACCUCUGCCACCGCUUCCCCUCUCACAAAGGAGUCCAAACAGGGAAGCACCACCACUCCUCGCUCAGCACGGGCUCAUGACAAGCCCAAAGCUCCCCCAAACCCAAAGACCCAGACCUUGCCCACCAAGGGACCCGCCAACCGACCCCACCUCCAGCCCAUCAAAUCCUUGCCUCUGCAAAAUCCAUCCUCCCACUCGCCCUCCCCUUCCCCACUCCUGUCACCAAUCCCCCGUUUCUUCUUCCCUUCCUCUUCUGUCCUAAAGUCAGUGACUAAGAGCUUCUACCCAAACUCUGCCCACUCUGUGCCGCAGGUCACUCCCCAGGGCUCUCCGUUGCCCACACCCUUGGGCACCCCUGUUCACCACCCUCACCACCCCUCCUCCACCCCGCCCUCCUCUUCCUCGUCCUCAUCCUCCUCGCGGGCGGAGGGAGGGGGAGGGGUGGGCUCACUGUCGCUGACCCCACCCUCCAGUCCAGGAGGGGGGAGCGGCAUGGCAGCCAGCAGCUCUGCCCAUUGGAGGACUCGCCUCAACUCUUUCAAGAACAACCUCCUGGGCUCACCAAGAUUCCAUCGGCGUAAAUUGCAAGUUCCUACAUCAGAGGAUAUGUCCAGCCUAACGCCAGAAUCCAGCCCUGAGCUAGCUAAGAAAUCGUGGUUUGGGAAUUUCAUCGGCUUGGAGAAAGAGGAGCAGAUCUUCGUGGUGAUCAGAGACAAACCGCUGAGCUCUGUCAAAGCUGACAUUGUCCACGCCUUCCUGUCUAUCCCAUCCCUCAGUCACAGCGUCCUCUCACAGACCAGCUUCCGAGCCGAAUACAAAUCCUCCGGCGGUCCCUCCGUCUUCCAGAAGCCCGUCAAGUUCCAGGUGGACAUUGCCUUUUCCGAGGGCGAGAGGGAGCGGGACAGGGAGAGAAACGAGAGGGAGGGCAGGAGGGAGACAGGAAUUUACAGCGUGACAUUCACCCUCAUAUCAGGUCCGAGUCGCAGGUUCAGACGGGUGGUGGAAACGAUUCAAGCGCAGCUUCUCAGCUCCCAUGAUCACCCAUUGGUGUCAGCCCUAUCUGAUCCCUUCCCAGAUGAGAAGAACAGUCGGCCCCACGGGACCCCCACCCGCCAAAACUCGAGGCGCUCCGAGGGUGGGGGCGACAGGUGCGAGUGGGGUGACCGAGCAGAUGGCGGAGGCAUAGGAGGCAGCGGGGGAGUUCUGCAGCGCAGAGGCUCAGCCAAAGAGAGAACCCGACUGCUGUCCUCCAACGGAACCCAAUCCCAACCAUAGGAUAGAAAGUUAGACUGCGCAGCAGGAUGCCUGAACUACACCAGAAAGAAGACAGUGUAAUUUCAUCUCCAAGUAUCCCUGCAAGCCAUGAGCUACUCCUAUUCUUCCUUGUCUAAGUUACUGAAGGUGCUUGACCACAGAGCAAGGAUUGAGCCUUUUUCCUCCCCAUCAUGCACAUUUUUUCCAACUCGAGAUUCUACCGAUCUUAUGAUUACCAGGAUUCCUACCCUUAAAUGAGAAACAAGUGUUAACAAACCGCCCUUUAAUGAAAAAAAAAAUAACAAUACGUGAAUGAGCAGUUUGGUAUUCAUCAUAGGUACAGCUUCACAGAUCAAACUAGGAAUUUUGAAGUGCUAAUGUGCAUGCCAGUUAGCGAAUCAGCCUGCUCAAGGAUGCUGAUAUGAUCAGAUAGGCUAGUCUACCAUAUCAUUGUAAUACAGUAUCCAACACCAAAAAAAAGGAAAAAAAGAAAUAACAGUAAUGUGAUGGUUCUCGAGAUUACUCCUAAAAUGAAUCAGUGCGCUCAUAUCACUAUCAAGCAACAGCUAAACCCGCCCACUAAAAAGAAAUAUGAAUGCAUCUCAGCAGAAGAAUCCUAAAGAGUUAGCACCCUGCUGCCGCCCCAGUGAGUGGCGAUGAGCUCAGUGAAGGUCCUGUUUUUCUCCAGCAGUGUCUCCUCCUAAGGUAAAGAAAACCAACAAAGUAAGCUAAGUAAGUGAAUGUGAACAAAAAAAGAUAUUUUUUUAUUUAGUUUUUAUUUAUGUUUACACAUUUCUUUUAAGGAUGUCAGUAGCACAGUGAUCACAGUAAAGACAGCAACUGAGACACUCCACACAGUGUUUGACAGUGGAAGCUGCUUUUCCGACAGGCAUUCAUUCAGAGUUAAGCGUUUCGAUUCUUUUAUAUUUGCUUUUUACUCAGAGACAAUAUGAAACAAUGCUUCUAAGAUUUUUGCAUUGGACCCUCGUUGCUCUGAAGAAAAGUGUUUGAACAGAAAUAUGAACAGUAAUAUAUGAAAGCUUUUUUUUGUUUUGUCGUCACUAUCCGUGAUUAGCUUCAUGAACCUCAUCACAGCUGUUUGCGCCCAGAUUGAAUGAGAAGAGCAUCACCGGCCUGUGGAUCAAACAGAAACCGCCUUUCUUGUCAAGCUUUGUCUCCUGUUGCCAUAGUAUUCAUAUACUGACUCAUGUCAAAAUAAAGCAAACAAACAAACAAAAAAAGAAGAUACACAGUAAGGAAAUUCAUCAAUGGGACGUAUUCAUGAUGCUGGACUUUAAAAAAGGUGUCAGCUUCUUGUUGAACAGGACUUCCUAACCCCACGCUCGUUAUUUCAGUGUUCACCGACAAGCCAAGUAUCCAUUGCCGCACCCUUGCUCAUCACUAAGAGUCGCCAUUCUGCAAGCAGACGUAGCAACUCAAGGCAGUCACAUAUAUUACUCCAGUACUCUAUCAGACUAGUCGAUGUUCAUCACAGUCUUCCAUACAGUGCAAUAUGCAACAAGAGUGCAGAAGGAUUUCAGAGAGACACACAGUGCUACACUUCAUUAUUUUAAUGUCAUUUUUUCUAAUCUGUCGAUUUAUCUGUCUGUUGUUUAUUUAUUUAUUUAUGGGGUUUUUUGUCAUGUAUUUGUUUUAUAAACUAGGUUUCAUGCCAACAAAAUGUGUCAAUAACAAACCCAAGAAACCCGUUCCUGUUCAUGUUAUUUAUUCAUUUUUCUUCGAUAGCAGCAGUUGCUCUCAUCUUACUGAGCUUUUGUCUGUAUCUUGCGUCUCUGUGACUCACACUGAUCUCUGGUAACUGGUAUCUGUGUGCGAGACGGGUGGGUGGCGACUGAAUAAGAGUGGGCUGAGAACUUUGCAGCGGAUGCAUUUUGAGGUAGUUACAUGUGGAUUUUCCCAACUGACCCAGUGAUUUUGAACUAACCAACACAGCCAAACCCUAACAGGCCUAUGUUUUCUCUGUCACAAACACACAUGAGCACAUCAAAUACUUGCUUGUUGGCUUUAUCUCCUGUGUUAAUGCCUUGUCCGUUUGACCUGUCUGUCACGCUUCCUCACCUCUGUUUUGUUCCCAUUGUCACAAGAAGAGAAACUGUAUGGAGUUGUUUGCCUCACAGUCCUAAACACACUGAUUGCUCACCUCAUCUUUCACAUCACCUUCACUUUUCAUUGACCCAACUCUGGCUAAGAUUGUAAACUAUUCUCCAUCCAUAAGGGUCAGUAGAAUAAGGUGUUUAAAAAAAAGAAAUGUCUGUAUCAUAAUUUAAAUAUAAAAAGUGCACUAUUAUAACUAUUGCCUGUGAUUAAAAAGAACAAUUAUGAUUGAAUUGAUGGUCAAAAUAAAGAGAGAUCCACCUUAUUGUUAUGGUUACAGUAAUA